GGGCCGCGCCUCCGGAGGAGGAGGAAGAGGAAGAGGAGGAGGCGGUGCCGGGCCUGGCCUGGCCGUGAGCAGCGCCGCGAUGGACAGCACGGGCAAGGAGCGGGAGGCCGUGCAGCUGAUGGCCGAGGCCGAGAAGCGGGUGAAGGGCUCGCACUCCUUCCUGCGGGGGCUCUUCGGGGGCAACACCCGCGUCGAGGAAGCCUGCGAAAUGUACACCAGGGCUGCAAACAUGUUCAAGAUUGCCAAAAACUGGAGCGCUGCAGGAAAUGCAUUCUGUCAGGCGGCCAAACUGCACAUGCAGCUGCAGAGCAAGCAUGAUUCGGCCACCAGUUUUGUGGAUGCUGGGAACGCCUACAAAAAAGCAGACCCACAAGAGGCCAUCAACUGCUUAAAUGCAGCUAUUGAUAUCUACACCGACAUGGGGCGGUUCACCAUCGCUGCCAAGCAUCACAUCACCAUUGCGGAGAUCUACGAGGCCGAGCUGGUGGACAUUGAAAAGGCGAUUGCACACUACGAGCAGGCUGCAGACUAUUACAAAGGAGAAGAGUCCAACAGUUCCGCCAACAAGUGUCUGCUGAAGGUUGCAGCCUAUGCCGCACAGCUGGAGCAGUACCAGAAGGCGAUAGAAAUCUACGAGCAGGUCGGAACAAACACAAUGGAUAACCCUUUGCUCAAGUACAGUGCGAAAGAGUAUUUCUUCAAGGCAGCUCUGUGCCACUUCAUUGUGGAUGAGCUGAACGCCAAGCUUGCUCUUGAGAAAUAUGAAGAAAUGUUCCCAGCGUUCACAGAUUCACGGGAAUGCAAGCUAUUGAAAAAACUGCUGGAAGCCCACGAGGAGCAAAACUGUGAGGCAUACACCGAGGCUGUGAAAGAAUUCGAUUCAAUAUCGCGGUUGGAUCAGUGGCUUACAACCAUGUUGCUUCGCAUCAAAAAGUCAAUUCAAGGAGAAGGGGAUGGGGACCUGAAGUGAAUUGUUCGUGGUAUUUGUGGCAUGCAGCCUAAGUAAUCUGUUCUUGUGUUACAGCCAAGGACCACUAUGGGAUACGUGAUAAAACUAUCUAGCUUAAUUUUGUUGCUUAUAUGACAAAUGACUUAAGUGUUUCUUUAGUAUCCUGCUCUUUGUUGUGAUAACAUGGGUAGAUGAGAAAGGUUGCUCUGGGUAGCGCUGGCAGAUCUUUCUAGGGUGAAAGAAACACUGCUGGCAGAAGUCUUUGUUUUUUGUUAGCUGAUGAGCCCAAAGUUUGCACUUGAAGUACUUUUUCCCCCUGCUGUUCUGUCUUAAGGUUCAGUACCACUGAGUUGAGCAUGUAAAUAUUUUGUCCAUGCCCGUACAGUACAAAUAAGAGCUUCAGAUCUGUUGCUGUGUUGUUACUGUUUCCUAUUUUUAAAUGGACCUCUGCCAGAUACCCUUGGAUCUUGUUUUUUUUUUAAUGAUUGAGCUUUUUUAAUGGUGCUAGUGAAAGGCUUUGUGACUUUUAGGUACAGUAUGCAUGUGUGUGUAUACAUCCUAUACAGAUACAUGUGUGCAUGUAUAAAUACAGAAUACGUAACAACCUAAACGCAUUCCAUGUCGAGGACAGGACUGCUUAGAUUGGUGUCAGCCCUCUGAAUAGUCAUCAGGAGUAGAGCUAGUUAAUUGUGUAUUUUGUAUCUAAGAUCUAAAUAUGAAAUGUAAGGCUCUUCUAUAUUUUCUUGGAUCUAUUUUUCCACUUAUUUAUUUUGUGGUGCACCCCAUCCCUCCUACCCCAAGAUGACUAGACCCAAGUAAUAAUAUAUUUUUCUAACUUCUCAUCUACAUAAACUCCUCCUGCUGUCUGUACUACCAGUCUUUUGUGUGUGCCAGGCAGUACCCGUUAGUUUCUGACCCUUCUGCUGUUGGCUGUGCUGCCUUCUUGCUGUAAUGUGCAAAGGUGGUGAAGGAGACUUGGUAUUAAACAGGAACCUUGUCUUCGUUGUGGGGGUUACAGAUGAAUCCAGUUUGCUUUAAAAAGGUGGAGACACUUUAAAAAUUCUUGUACUAAUUUUAGAAACAUGUUUUAAAAUGCCUGUAACCAAGGCUCUUCUGUGCAAUGGUUUGUUUAACUAGUGGUGGUGAAGCUACCUACUUCAGGCGUGUACGUUGAGGGACUUGUGAUCCUAUGCAAUAUGUCAGUGGGAGUUGUCACUUAGUACUUCUCUGUAAUGAAGUGUGUUUCAGUCACACUGGUGCUGUGCUAAGAGU